AUGAAAGAAAAAGAGAAACAAUUUCAUGAUUCAGAUGAAUUAUUAAUAACAUUAAAUGAUUUUAUAAAAUCAAAUGAAAAAGAUUUAAAGAGUGGAAAUACAUGUUUAACAUUGAAUCCAAUUUGUAUUGAACAAUUAAAUUUAUAUUUAAAUGGUAAAAGAAUUUCAUUUAAAAUAUCAAAGAGUGAAUUAUUAGAUUUACAAUUUAUAAUUUCUUUAAUUAAACAUUUAAGAAUUGAUCCAAAUGAACAAGGAUUAUUAGAAAAGAAUAGAGAUUUAAAUUUAAAAUUAUUUGAUUCAAUUAAAUUUUUAGAGAUUUCAUAUGUUAAACCAGGAUUAAUUACAAAUUUAUUUGAAUUAUCACAAAAUAUUGAACAAUUGACAGUUAGUGGUUCAUUAAAUUCAUUGGAUGAAUUAUUGAUUGUAGAGGAUGAAGUUAGAUUACCAUAUUAUCAAUCAAUUGGUUCAAUAGUAUUUGAACAACAUGAAGAUGGUCAACCAUUAUCACAACAAGAAUUAUCAAAUAAACGAUUCCAAUAUUUAUAUAAAAAAAAUAAAAUUUGGUUAAAAUUAAAAGAAUUAGAUUUAUCAUUUAAUAGUAUACCUGAAAUUGAUCAAUCUGCUUAUUCAUUAUUAUCAAUUGAAAAAUUAUGUUUUGAAGGUAAUUUAAUUAGUAAAGUUAAUAAUUUACAAGAAUGUUUAUUUUUAAGAACUUUAAAUUUAUCAUUUAAUAUGAUUAAAGAUAUGGAGAAUAUAAAUCAAGAAUUGGGUAUGAUUACACAUUUAUCAUUAAGAGGUAAUCAAAUUGAAAGAGUUGAAUCUUUAAAUAGAUUAUAUGCUUUGGAAUGUUUAGAUAUUAGUAAGAAUAACAUUAAAGAUAUUCAAGAGAUUUUCAAAUUAAAUACAUUACCAAAUUUACAAUAUUUAUUUAUUGAUGAAAAUCCAUUUUGUGAUUUAAAAGAUUAUAGAAAUAUUAUAAUUUCAAACUUUUUAAAUAGUGAUAAUAUUAUUUAUUUAUUAAGAGAAUUUUAUUUAGAUGGUAAAAGGAUUAGUGAAUAUGAAAUUGAAUUUAUAAAAAAACAUACACAUGAUAAUGGUUCAUUUAAAUCAUAUAAAUCACCAAUUAAACCAGUUAAACCACCAAAAUCAAAAAAAGAUAUCGUUCCUUUAGUAGUUGAAUUUGCACCAAAUGCUAGAAUUGAUGGUGAAUUAAUUAGUAAUGAUAAUAAUCAAAGUAUAAUAAAUGGAAGAACAACUACAACUACUACAACUACAACAACAAUGACAAUGAAUGGAAAAAGAAAGAAAGAUACACAUAAACAUCAUCAUCCAAAUUUUAAUCAUGGUGUAAUUGAACCAGUUAUUGAUAAUUUACCAGAUUAUGAUUCUGAAGUUACAGAGAAUCAAGUACAAGAUGAUAAAUUUGAAGAAGAAAAGAAUUUAAAAAAGAAAAUUGAUGAUUUACGUUCUGAAGGUGGUAAUUCUUGGUUAUUGGUUUUAAAUGAAAUGUCAACUUUUAAAGAGAAUAAUCAUCCAAUACCAGAAUAUAAUGAAAAUAAUAAUAAUAAUUUAUCAUCACCUGUUAAAUUACAAAAAACACCAAUUAAAUCACCAAUGAAGAAAAAGAAUAUAUAUCAUAAUACUUCAAAUAAUAAUAGUAAUAAUAAUAAUAAUAAUAAUAAUAAUAAUAAUAAUAAUAAUAAUAAUAAUAAUAAUAAUAAUAAUAAUAAUAAUAAUAAUAAUAAUAAUAAUAAUAAUGAAACAUCACCAUUAAAAUUAAAUGUAAUAUCACCACCACCACAACCAACAGAUACAACUUCAAAUGUAACAACAACAACAAAUGUAGUAUCACCUGCAAAUUCAUCUACAUCAUCAAAUACAACAACAUCUUCAUCAUCAUCAACAACAACAACAACAGAAGCAAUUAAUAUAAAUAAUAAUAAUAAUAAAAAUAAAUCAACAUCAACAACACCAAUUUCAACAACACCAAAUUCAACAACACCAAUAUCAACAUCAUUAUUAUCAAAAUCAUUAUUAUCAAAAUCACCAAAUACAAAUGGUAAUAUUAUAUCAAGUGAAUUAAUUUGUGAACCAUUUUCAGUUAUAAAGAAUAGUCAAAAUUUAUUAUUACAAAUAAAGAUUGAUACAAUUUUAGAGAGUAAUUUAUUUGGACAUUCUGUGAAUUCUUAUCUAUUGAAAGAUAUUGUAUUUGUAUUUUCAGUACCAGAUGCCGUUGAACCAAAUACUGCAGAGAUUGUAUUUGCAACCGAUUUUAAAAAUGGUGUACCAAUUGCAUUCUCUCGUGAAUAUUAUCAAAUGGAGGAUCAGCAAUCGUUACAUCAACUAUUGACAACAUUGGUACCACCAUUGUAUAGAGAGUACACUAUGAAUUGUAUGGACUGUUCAGAGAGAUAUGUUUGCAAGUCUGAGCAUGAUUUCACACAUUGUAUAAAAUGCAAUUCCAAGGGGUUGUUCUACUUGCCCACCACGACCGAUAGGUCGAUCAUGGUGGUCGAGUCGCCACCCUCUGCGUCCUCUUUCUCAAAUUCGCUCUCUCUCAGGGACAUGAAAAACUUUAUAGAAUACAAUGAUGACGAAUUCAAUGACCGUAUAUUCAAAGACCAAAGUUUGCAAUUAUAUUUUAAAUUAAAGGUAUUCAAAGGUGGUUCAAAGGAGGUUUAUCAAUACAUUAUGAAAUCCAAUUUCGUUCGUUACACAUCUGCAACUUCCUCAUCAUCGUUGUCCUCCCUAUUGGAGGAGGAGAAGCAAAUAUUUUUACUUUUAUCUUCAACAACUUGUUAUCUACUAAAAGAGAAGAAAUCAUCCACUUCAAUGGUGGAUGACACCUCUUCAAAUAGAUUCUCAAUUCAAACGAUUCUGCCAUUAUCAGAGAUUAGGAGAGUUAGUGUUGGUUUGUCUUCUCAAUUGUUUAGAAUUGAAAUGGAUGAUCAAUGUUAUGUUUUCAUUAAACGUUCUCAAGAAUGUUCAGAGAAAUUCUUAAAAUUAUUAUUCACAAUCACUAAAUCACUUUCUUUACCUUUGGAACCUUACUCAAGAGCAAUAGAAACUAAACAAGUUAUCAAUGCCCUUUUAGUUAAUCCAAAUGAAGAAUUCUUAAAAUAUAUUAUGCUUCAUCAUAAAGUAUCUGGUAGAAAUAUUGUUCCAAGAUCUUUAAUACUUUCAAGUGAAAAUAUUUAUUUAACAAUUGAAAAUUAUCAUCAAUAUCCAUUAUUAAACAAAAAUAUUAAAACAACUUCAAGUCAAUUUACAAUUUUUAAAAAUUUUAAAAUUACUGAUAUUGCUCAUAUUAAAUAUUCAAGAUUUAAACCAAAUUAUUUUACAAUUGCAUUUGAAAAUGAAGUUAAUAAUAAACCAUUAAUUGAAUGGAAUUUAAUUACUGGUAAUAGUAUAGAAUGUGAUACAAUGGUUUCAACAAUUUCUGCAUUAUGGAAAGAAAAAUUCCAUCUUGAUUUAAAAAUACUUGAUAAUAUAUAA